CUGGCUGCGCGUGCGCGGUUGUAAUUCUCCGCCCCAAACUGCCAACUCCUCGCGCAUGCGAGGCAGGCGCUCCCUGCCCGGGUUUACGCGUGCGUACUAGCGGGCCUGGCCCCGGAACACCGGACACCUGAGCAGUGGGGGGCUGCAGGGACAGACGGGCGGGGCGCCGGCCGGCUAUGGCAGCCCCUUGGUCUGGGCAGACCUUGCAGGCUCUGCCCGCUACAGUGCUGGGCGCGCUGGGCGCCCUGGGCAGCGACUUCCUGCGGGAGUGGGAGGCGCAAGAUAUGCGCGUGACCCUCUUCAAGCUGCUGCUGCUGUGGCUCGUGUUAAGUCUUCUGGGCAUCCAGCUGGCGUGGGGGUUCUACGGGAGCACGGUGACCGGGCUUUAUCAUCGCCCAGAUCCCCACCCCCAGCCUGCUGCAGCUCUGGAUGUGUUCCUGCCCCCAGGUCUGGGCGGCCAGAAUGGAUCCACCCCUGAUGGCUCCACGCAUUUCCCGUCAUGGGAAACAGCAGCGAAUGAACCUCUCAAAACCCAUAGAGAAUAAGGGAAAGCAGCAGAGGGGUCUCCAGGGACGUCACCAGGUCUGCUGGCUCCCUCACUUGGCUCUGCUGCUGCCCAGACCCCAGCGACAGCUGCAGGAGGGCCACGGCUGGGAGCAGGGAGCACCCCGGUGCUGCAGCGCUGGGCUUCCAGGGCCCUUGGCCUCGCUUGAAGCCACCCCAGGCACUGGGCCAGUAACGUCUGCCUCCGCCCUGAUCUGGGCGUCUGAAGGCAAGAAGGCGCGCUUCUCCUCUCAGGGGUCCCGUCAGCUGAGGAGGUGCCUCUGGGGCCGGGAGGCCAACAGCCCAUUUUCUGUCUUACUUUCUUCCUGUCCCUCUGCCCAAGCCCCUGGGGUGUGACCCUAGAGAUCCGCCUCUCUGAGACGAAGCCUUGAACCAGCUCUGGGAUGUGUAUGGGAAGUCUCCCCUAAGCUCUGGGUUUCCUGAAUGUCUUUGGUUUUGCUCUGUUGGCAGAGAGCCAGGGAAUCCUUGCCUCGACACAGCCUUAUGCUCUCUGGUUCCUUAGCUAGCCAUUCAAGUAUCAGAUGGGGAAGCUGGCACCAUGCAGACAUGGAGGCACCAGACCCACCUCCCUGGCCCCUCCUGAGCUCUACAGGCUGAAGCCAGGCUACAGAGUUGUUCUUAAUGAGCAAUGAACUCACACCACAACCUCGAUCCUUCUCAGAUUGUGGUGUGGGUGCUUGAAAGAGGCUGAGCCCCGGGAGUGGCCUCCCACCCCCACCACCUGAGUGUCCAGGGGGUUGUGGGUUGGCACCUCGCCCCUCACAGGGAGGUGCUGUGCAGUCAGUGCAGAGCAGCCCUACCGUGGCCUGUUGCCUCAUCACUUCCCAUCUUGUCCUGGAAGCACAGGCAUCUCAUCCCAAGAGUCCACAGGCUCAGCAACUGCCCCCUGGCAUCCUCUCAGCCCCCAAGAACCCUCAGCAGGGAGCAGGGAAGCGCCAUAGGCUAAGUAGGCCUGCCACUUCUACAUUGGGCCAGGGGAGCUUCCAAAGGUGUGGUGGCAAAGGCCACCCCCAGAAAGCAGUGCAGCCCUGGACCCGCCUCCAGCCGGGCUGCCAGCUACCUGGGGGCAGUCCCUCCACGCCCUUAGACGUCUCCUGUCUGCCCAGCAGCCCUGCCUUGGCUGCACUUGCAGCCGACGUGCACUGGAGGUAGGACCAUCGAGCUCAGGUACCUACCCCAGAGAUACCUUCUGGCUGGCAGGAUGAUGGCUCUGCAGCCCCAGGCCUACCCACUGACGCCACCACACAGAAACAGGUCUCCUGUUUUGCUCCAGGCUCAACUAAGGAUGUGGCUCAUUAAAUGUCCAAGUGCA